CAGGCGGCUUCAGAGGGAGGCUACGAGCAGGUAGUUAAAAUAUUGCUUGACAAGGGCGCCGACGUCAACGCACAGGGUGGAGCGUACGGCAACGCACUCCAGGCGGCUUCAAGGAGAGGCGACGAAGCAACUGUGAAGCUGCUGCUGGACAAGGGCGCCGACGUCAACGCACAGGGUGGAAAGUACGGCAGCGCACUCUACGCGGCUUCAGAGGGAGGCCACGAAGCAACUUUGAAGCUGCUGCUC